GGGACUGGGCGCAUGGGCCUCCGCGGCAGAAGGAUGUCAAGCCCAAGAUUCCGCAGCUCGACUCCUCUCAGCUUACCGUGUUCGUCAAGAUGUCCGACGCGGACUUCGAGACCUCCAAGUCGCUCCUCGGCCCUUCGCAGAGGGCCAGGGUAUCGGCUCAGCGGGCCUGGGCGGCUGGGGACCCCAAGGCGGUCGCCAGGCACGCCCAGAUGGCUUAUGAUGAGGCCAAGCGGGAGGCGUUGCAAGUGCAGCAGAAGGUUGACAAGCUCGAGAGCCAUGUGCAGGAGAAGUUUUUGGAGCUCGUGGCGCUCAAGGCCAAAUCCGAGCAGGUCCAGGCGCAUGAGCUCGCAUGUGCAGCCAAGGCCACUGCCGCCUGGGCUGCUGCCAGCAGUGGUCCUGUGCGGGUUAGGCCUCCUGGUGGUGAUCGUGCAGAAGUUCAGCCCGACGAUCCUGCGUUCGCUUUGCUGCUGCAGCUCGAGGCCAUGGACAAGAAGCUUGCAUGCUCGCUUCGUUCUCUUCUUGCCACUCGUGAUGGCAUGCUGCGCCCUGCGGGAGAUGGCAGUGAGGAGGCCGACAGUGACAGUGAUGACGGCAUGCGCGAUGUGCCCGUAUCUGAGCCGCAGGCCCUCGACGCUGCUGCCGCCGCCAUAGCCGUCUUCGGAGGAGACGCGCUCGGUGCAGCAGGUUCGCCCUUCGCGCCAGUACCCCUGCCGCUGCGGCCGAUCGGCCUUCUGUUUAGCAGGAAGGUGCAGAAGGUUUGGUCGAUCAUCACCGCCAACGUUGGUGGGCAAGUCGGCCUGGACGCCUACCUGUCGGAGUCCAUCGACAGUGACGUUCUUUUGCUGCAGGAGCCCCGCAUGCUGCCCGCUGCCUCUCAGGCGCUUGAGUCCAAGAUGCGUGCUGCGGGGUGGUCGGCUUCAGCUACGGCGGCGCUUCCCACAGCUGGCAACCCGCCUGGUGGGCUGGUUACGGCUACAGUUGCUCGCGUGGGGAUUGCGCCGCUUGAGAGUUUCGACAGCCAGGUUGUGGCCGCUCGUGCAGCGGCGUUACAUGUGGGUGGUAUGUUGCGUGGCGGCUUCCUCAUUGUCAAUCUGUACUUGGUGCACUCCGUGGGCAUGGAUGAGCAGAACUGGGCGAUCCUGUCGCGAGUGGGAGCUCGGCUCAAGGCGGCAGGCAUGCCCUUCAUUAUCGGUGGUGACUGGACUUGCACUCCUAGUGAUUUGGUUAAGACGUCUUGGGUGGACGCCCUCGACGCUGUCAUCGUUGCGCCCACCGAGGGCACGUGCAGGCCCGCCAUGCGCUGCAUCGACUACUUCGUAGUGUCGCGCCAGAUUGCAGGUCAGGUUGACCCCUGGGACCACGUCGGGGAGCUCUGUUCGGACCCCGACCGCCCGAUCCAG